CCUCCUCACUUCUUCACAGCUCAAAAUCUCCCAAUACAUCAUCUCUUUUUUAGUCUUCCUCUUCAUCCGUUAUUAUUUUCCCACUUCCUAAACACAUCUCAGAAUCAUGGGUGUUUUCACAUACGAAUCCGAGUUUACUUCCGUCAUCCCCCCUGCUAGGUUGUACAAUGCCUUUGUCCUUGAUGCUGACAACCUCAUCCCCAAGAUUGCACCACAAGCAGUGAAGAGCACUGAGAUCCUUGAAGGAGAUGGAGGAGUUGGAACCAUUAAGAAGAUCAACUUUGGUGAAGGUAGCACAUACAGCUAUGUGAAGCACAGAAUCGAUGGGCUUGACAAGGACAACUUUGUGUACAAGUAUAGUGUGAUUGAGGGAGAUGCCAUCUCUGAGACAAUUGAGAAGAUCUCUUAUGAGACUAAGUUGGUAGCUUCCGACAAUGGUUCCAUUAUCAAGAGCACCAGUCACUACUACACCAAGGGUGAUGUUGAGAUCAAGGAAGAACAUGUCAAGGCUGGCAAAGAGAAGGCCUCCCACCUCUUCAAGUUGAUUGAGAACUACCUCUUGGAGCACCAGGAUGCCUACAACUAAACAUUGUUUUCUGCUGCAUUUAUGUGUGAUUCAAUCUCGUGUCAUCUUUUCCAUGAAAUAUUGGUGUGGUUUUAAUCCCCUUUAUAUUUUUUUUCCCUUCGAAAACUGGCUUCUACCGUAAUAUUGAAGGUUUGAUUAAAGAGUGAAUGCUGCUGUAUUUCCUUUCAUCUGCAAUAAUAAAUAAAAAUGAAAUUUAUGGAUCUGAUGAUUCUUGCAAGCUU